ACGGACGGCCCACUCAGAUAAGGUGCAUGUUAUCAAUACGUCGACGCCCUUCAACAAGUACAUUACCUUCCUUUGAUAUCACUGUAACGUUUCCUUUCUGCGAUCCCGGAGUGUUGGCAAAGUGCGGCCCCCGGUGCAAUAACGGUACUGAACGCGAGCAACGGUCUCAUCCUAUAACGCUUCUCCUGCACUGCCAGAACACCACGGCGGACAGAUUUACCUUACUUCACCUGAGAAAAAUGAAAGACAGCAGUGAAGACGAAGGGUAUACCACCAUGGCCACCGGCGCGUCUAAGUGCCUUGGUGAAAUAACGAAUGAAACCGGCGCAUCCAUCAACAGUCAAGCAUACGGUGGUAGACCAGGAUCGCCCAUGCAAAUGAAAGAGAGCAAUGAAGACGAAGGGUAUACCUCCAUGGCCCCCGGCGCGUCUGAGUGCCGUGGUGAAAUAACGAAUGAAACCGGCGCAUCAAUCAACAGUCAAGCAUACAGUGGUAGACCAGGAUCGCCCAUGCAAAGGCACGGCAGCCAUCCAGAAAAUGGCAGUCCCAGUGCACGAGAGCGAGCGGACUACGCAACGAUGGCGGCAGGAAACGAUGCAAUGGCGACCUUCGCUGAUGUAGCUGCGUCAAGGUUUAACAGUAGCAUUGAACCUCGUACAUUCAAAACCGUUGAUUUACGGAAGCGGCGAUAUGUGGAAACGUCUCCCUUUCCUGGAGUGAUCCCAGGCAGUGAACCACGUGAACAAAUGAUGCGUGAAACGCUGCAAACUUUGAAUGCACCCAUAACCCCACGGUUCCAACAAUAUGAAGACAGGAUGAGGAGUUUCUAUGGAUCCCGGCUACAGGCGCAUGGCGAGCAGUUCAUUAAGGACUUAGCACGUGAGGGUUUCUAUUACUCUGGGAAUGGAGAUGAGGUGGUUUGCUUCUUCUGCGGUUGUCGGCUGGGAAACUGGCGUCACGGACAACGGCGGUUUCGUGGACAUGGGGACUACUACCCUAGUUGCUCGCGCUUUCGUUCGUAGUCCCUGAGGCUGCAGUCACACUGGUUGAACAUAAAACACCAAACACGAACAUUCCCUCAAACAUGUUUGUGGUCAGGCAUUUUGUCAGGCAUUUGUGUGAGGCAUUUUCGUCAAACAUGUUUGACGAAAAUGCCUGACAAACAUCCCCCAAACGUGUAUGGCUCAACAGCUGUGUGUCACACUGCGAAAACACGUUAGAACAUGCUCAAAGACACGGCCCAGGGAACACAUGGUGGGCUAGUAGACGUCUAAACGACGACUAAAAAAGAGAUAAGGAAUGUCUAUAGAAUGUCUAGUCACUAGACCAAAUGUCAAGUAUCCGUCCACUAGACGUCAAAUAUCUGUUUUCUGUUAUCUGUUAUCUUCUGCUUCUGUUAUCCCUGUUUUUAAGAGUGGUUAUAACUGAUAAGCAAUUACUUACAAAUUACCGUCCGAUAUCGUUGACUGCUUGUACCUGUAAAAUGUUUGAACACAUACUGUGCAACCAUAUUACUAGCUUUCUUGAAUCACACUCUCUUUUGUCACAGUCUCAACAUGGUUUUCGUAGAGGAUACUCCACAGUCACCCAGCUCAUUGAAUUUCUUCAUAGCUUAGCUUCCGGAAUUAAUGCUAUCAGUCAAACUGAUGUUGUAUUUAUAGAUUUUAGUAAAGCGUUUGAUCGUGUUUGUCACCUUAAGCUAAUGUAUAAAUUAAGACGCUUGUUUAACAACGAUGUUAUUGCUGCAUGGAUUGAAGAUUACCUUUUUGGCCGCACGCAGAAUGUCUUGUACAAUGGCUGUAUGUCUAAUGAAACGCCUGUUCUUUCUGGAGUGCAUCAAGGAUCCGUUCUGGGGCCACUGCUUUUUUCUUUAUUCGUCAACGAUAUUGUAAAAGGGGUACCAGCAAAGAUGAGAUUAUACGCUGAUGACUGCGUCGUCUAUACAAUGGUUAAUUCUAGCAGCGAUCAGAUCCUGCUUCAAGAAUCUCUUAAUAAAAUUGUAAGGUGGUGUGAUCAAUGGGCAUGUCCAUUAAUUUCAGUAAAUGCGCAACUAUGAGUUUCACUUGUCGCAGGUCGCCAUUGUUAUAUGAGUACAAAAUCGAUGGGAUAUCGAUAAGCAGAGUAAACCACUACGAAUAUUUAGGGGUUACCUUGAAUGCUAAGCUUUCUUAGUCUGAGCACAUAGAUGUUGUUUGUUCUAAGGCAAUGAAGAAACUUGGAUAUCUGAGAAGAUCACUUAAGUCUGCAAACACAGAAACUAAACUGCUAGCAUAUAAGACAAUAAUUCGUCCCGUUCUAGAAUUCGCAUGUGAAGUGUGGGGACCGUACCGUAGAUCUGACAUUAUAAAACUGGAAUCUGUUCAGAAGAAGACCGUGCGCUUUAUUUUAUCCAGGUAUCAUCCUAUGUUCUCACCCAGUGCUGCGCUUCCGGGGCUUUCUCUAAAUCCACUCGAGACUAGAUUCCGUGCGAUUCGUAUGAGGUCAUUUCACGCUAUCGUAAAUGAGAACGUAAGAAUACCAACUGAUCAUUAUCUCUCCUUUGCUGGUCCUUCCUCUCUAAGAAGUGCGCAUGCGUUAAAUGUCGUUCCAUUUUGCUAUAGAGUUGAUUGCUUCAAGCUUAGCUUUUUUCCAAGGUGUGUUGAUGAUUGGAAUGCUCUUGAAGGUUCUGCUCGCGAGCUACCUUCUACUGCUACAGGAGAUGGAUAGCUAUAUUAGACCCCUUUCCUACCCACUCAUAAAAAUCGUGUAGCUUCAAUUUUGUUACAAUGUGGACAUGAACUUAGACUUCCAUUUGGGAAACGUGUUCACCAUACCUCACGUGACAGUGUCAGGAGUGUAAUCGGAGAAGCAUGUGCACUAUACUAAUAAGUCGUGUUAAAUGCUGGUCAACUUGGACAUUAUUUCUAAGAGUGUGCUCGUUUUGCAGCACAAUAAGCACAACCAUAGCUGCUCCGGUUAAGCUAGUUAUUCUAAGCCAACACAUCCUACCUGCUAUCACCAUUGUGAGCCAUCAUGAUCUGACUCGUCGACAUAUUUUUCUGUCUUUUUUUUUACCAAAUCCCUGUGCUUGGGGGUGUUAUAUUAAAAAUGUGAGAAUUCAUUUCCUGGAUUUUGGAUUAAUUAUAGACCUAUAAGUAUUUUAUGCGCCUGCUCCAAAGUCUUUGAACACAUUAAUCUGUCCUCGUACUUUAAGCGCAAAAUUGCAGACAGUCAGCAUGGCUUUAUGCCUGGGAGAUCAACAGUCACAAAUCUUGUAUCAUUCAUGUCAGUCUGCUCCCCAGCGGUUCUUCCUCGUGGUUGAGAUACCAGGCCUAGGGAGAAAUAAACGGUUUAAUGGGUCAUGUGAGAGAGACCGUGGACAGCGAAGCUUCCCCGUCGAGGCCAACGAUCGAAGACGAAGCUGAUCCUACUAGCUGGUGCUGAAGAGCGCGAGAACAGCUGACGACGUUUCGUCUUCCUCUCGAUCAGCUGUUUCUUGCUCUCAGGCCACUACAUCCCUCCCACCUUAGCUGUAGCCAUAACGUUGGGGGCCUCUCCGGAGACGCGAAGGAUAGCGCCUGGUGGCAGCAUCUCCUGAGCCCAUGACCUGUCCAGGCUCGUGAUGACCAGGAGCAAUAGCGUCAUUGUUACCCUGGGGUUCGUGGAAGUCGUUCUGGUUCCCCUCUUCUGGACGAGGAUCUCGGCGGCAAGGAGGGGGAAGAGGAACCUCGUCUUUUCGGAAUACCUCUGGAACUGAAGCUUGGUCAGGCCAGGAAUCAACGGAGUGCCGGCACUUGAGGUGGUCCUUGUGUACGCGGUGUCGCCUCUGCUGCUCAUCUUCGACGACGUAAAUUGCCGACCCUUGUUUGGAGAGAACGACACCAACUUUCCAGUGGGAUUUCUUGCCAGGGUCCAACAUCCAGACCUUUUGGUUUAUCCCAAAGCUCCUGUCUCGGCUGCACUUGUCAUAGUUGCGUUUCUGACGUUCGCGCGACAUGCGCACUGUACCGGAGAUAUCGGGCUGACCAGGACGAAUAAAAUCUAGGAAGUGUCGAAACUGACGUCCAUUUAACAUUGCACAGGGAGAGCGCCCUGUUGUGGCAUGCGGGGUUAUCCUGUACUUGAACAGGAAACUACGAACACUGUCCUUCGUCCCUUCCAGCGCUGCGCGGCGAAGGGCUGUUUUGAAGGUACGCACAAAGUUCUCCGCGAGACCAUUCGAUUGCGGAUGGUAUGGCGGCGUCAGAACGUGACGUAUCUCGUUUGCCUGAAGGAAGUUCUUAAACUCCUUGCUGGUGAACGGUGGACCAUUGUCGGUGACCAGAACCUCUGGCAAGCCAUUUCGUGUGAACAUGUCAGAAAAAGCAAUAGCAGUCUUCUCAGCAGCUGUGCUUGUCAGUUGUUCUAUUUCCGGCCAUUUGCUGUAGGCGUCUAUUACUAUGAGGUAGUGCUUCCCAUUCAGCUCAGCGAAAUCGGCAUGCAGACGUACCCAAGGCUUAUCUGCGGGUUCCCAUUGGUGAAGUGGCACCGGUACCUCGUGGGCAGCAACAGAGGCGCAUGGCUCACAACUUCUCACUUCCCUUUCGAUAUCUCUGUCGAGGCCCGGCCACCACAAAUAGGACCGAGCUAACAUCUUCAUCUUUAUUUGUCCAAUAUGGCCCUCAUGAAGGAGACUUAGCAGAGGACUUCGGAAUUUGGGUGGUAUCACCGUUCGUAUCCCCCAGAGCAGACAUCCUUUGUAGAUCGUUAGCUCCGUGCGGCGUUGAAAGAACGCUUCCAAACAGGGAUCGACGUGCGUCGGCCAACCACCGGAAACGAAUGCAGCCACCCUGGCCAGGUCCGGGUCCUGUGACGUGGCCACAGCAAUAUCCUCGACGGAAAUGGGUAAGGUAGAGACCUGAUGGUCCAACACUACGUUUACCUCUGUCAGGAAGACGUCGAAGAUGCCCCGUUCCAUCUCUCGGUCAAAGUCUCCAUCUGGACCCUCAGGCAGACGAGAGAGGCCGUCGGCGUUUCCAAAUUUCGCAGUUGGCGUAUAUUGAAUGUCAAAGAUGUAGUUCAUUAAGAUCAAAGCCCAUCGUUGCAAGCGACUGGCGGUUGUCGCAGGAAUUCCUUUCUUGGGACCAAAGAUCGUGGUCAGGGGCUUAUGGUCCGUGUACAGAACAAACCUCCGGCCCCAGAGAUACUGAUGAAACUUCCUGACGCCAAAAAUGAUGGCUAAGGCCUCCCUCUCUAUCUGUGAGUAGUUCUUCUCCGGGGCAGUCAAUGUCUUCGAAGCGUGUGCCAUUGCCAUGUCUUUGCCAUCGACCUUGUGAUAGAUAACAGCUCCAAGACCUCUAGCAGAUGCAUCUGCGGCUAAGAAAAUGGGUUUUGCAGGAUCGAAAUGCGUAAGCGCGUCCACAGAUACCAGCAUCAUCUUGACCUUUUCAAAAGCCUCCACACAACCCGAAGACCAUUCCCACGGUACGGCUUUCUUCAGGAGGUCAUUGAGGGGCGCAACGACAUCAGCAAGCGAUUUUAGGUAUUUUCCGUAGUGUUGUACCAUACCAAGGAAUGACCGCAGCUCGGAGACGUUCGUGGGUGCUGGCAUAUUGAGCACUGCGGACACCUUCUUGGGCGAUGGCCGGAAACCCUGUGCGUUGACUACAUGCCCCAAGUACUCCACUUCGGCCCGAAAAAAAGCACAUUUCUCGCGCUUCAGUGUAAACCCAAACUCGCGUAGUCGGCUAAAGACCUGCUGGAGAUUGUCCAAAUACUCAUCAUCGGAUUUGCCUGUGACGAUGAUGUCAUCUAAAUAGCAGGCAACCGACGGUAUGCCUGCGGUGACCUGCUCCAUGAUUCGUUGAAAAACUGCCGGUGCUGAGGCGAUUCCAAAGGGCAUUCGCGUAAAUCGGAAGAGUCCUUUGUGCGUAUUGAUGACAAGGACCUUCUGUGCUUCGUCGUCGAGCUCCAUCUGGAGAUAAGCUUCCGACAAGUCUAACUUGGAAAACCGCUGUCCGCCAUUGAGUACGGCUAACAGCUCUUCAGGCCUAGGGAGUGGGUACUGCGAUACAGCCAACUGCGGGUUCACCGUCACACUGAAAUCCCCGCAAACCCGAACAGCCCCAUUCGGCUUAGGAACGACGACGAUGGGGGUAGCCCACUCCGAAACGUCGACCGGCGUUAGCACUCCGUUCUUAACUUGUCUCUCGGUGUCUGCUUCGACUGCUUGCCUCGUAGCAAAUGGAAUCGGACGCGGUUUAAAAAACUUUGGUUGAGCAGCCUCCUUGAAAUGUAGAUGCACCUUCGUCUUUGUGCACCUCCCCAGACGGGAUUGGAACAGGUCGGGAAACUUGGACAAGACCUUUUCGAGUGAACUUCCAGGCCUGACAACACUUCCGACGAACAACUCAUUAAGAUCCAGUCCCAGGUGACGAAUCCAAUCUCUACCCAGUAGGUUAGUGUGCUCCAUGUUAGUAAAGAACACUUCUAACUUCCUCUUCCGUCCACCAUAAGAUACUUCCACUUCCGUCUGGCCACGAAGGGGUAUAUCGUCUUUGCUGAAAGACCGAAGACGGAACCGUGGUUGUUUCAGCUUGGGUUUACCUAACCUAACAUAGGUAGAAGUAUUGAGAAGAGUGGCCUGCGAUCCGGUGUCCACUUGUAGCAGCACAUCGUGCGACCCUAUCUGGCAAGUCACAAACUUGUCUUCACCGGUACCCGCGAAGAAAACAUCCGAAACAUACUCCACGUUCCGAUAGCUCUUCUUCCCUUUCGAAGGACGAUUGGCACGGCACAUCUUAGCGAUAUGGCCAGUUUUGCCGCAGUUAUGGCAGUCUUCAUCUCUGAAUCGACAUGUGUCCGAGUCAUGAUUAAUAUUGCCGCAGCGAAAACAUCUUGCAUGAUCGCUUCUUUUUUCUAACUUAUGCACGGUCUGCUCGGCAUGAAGUUGGCGAGACUCGGCUUCUGCGGUCAACGUUUUGUCAGCCAUGUUGGUAGCAGUUUCAAGCGUGAGACCCUUCUCUAGGACUAACCGGGCGCGAAUUCGUGGAUCAUGAAGUCCCACAAUGAAGGCAGUUAAUAAAGAACAUGCUCUCACAUCGGUUUCUGCUUCAUAUUCACAAUGAGGGAUGAUGGCGGAAAGGCGUUCCAAAAAGUCUUUGACAGACUCCGACUCGUUUUGACGGGUUGAAAAAAGUUUCCACCUCUCAAAUUCUUUAAACUUCUUUGGGGUGUAAUGCUCGGCAAGCUUCCUUGUGAGUUCAGAAUAUGCAACGGACAGAAUGUCCCGUGGCUGAACAAGGUUGUACAGAUGUUUGAAUACUUCAGGGGUGAGCGACGUUAUGAGCAAAUUGGUUUUGUCUUCCUCUUCGGUGACUCUAGCCACCCGAAGUGCAGCCUCAAACCUUACUUGAUACAUGUUCCAAUCUUCCUUGGCCGGGUCAAAUAUUCCUGGACUGCGGAAUCUGCGAGAGUUGUCGUCGCCCGACAAACUGGGUUGAGUCGCCAUUGCUCGUCGCCAGUUGAGAUACCAGGCCUAGGGAGAAAUAAACGGUUUAAUGGGUCAUGUGAGAGAGACCGUGGACAGCGAAGCUUCCCCGUCGAGGCCAACGAUCGAAGACGAAGCUGAUCCUACUAGCUGGUGCUGAAGAGCGCGAGAACAGCUGACGACGUUUCGUCUUCCUCUCGAUCAGCUGUUUCUUGCUCUCAGGCCACUACAGUGGUCAAAUGGAUGUAAUCUAUUUUGACGUCUCGAAAGCAUUUGACUUAAUGAACCAUGAUCUGCUCCUUCGUAAGCUUGGUUUAUAUGGUGUUUCUGACACUCUUGUAUGUUUAUUUAACUCGUACUUACGGCAUCGCUUAUACUCUGUGUGUGUGUCCGGAUCCUACUCUGACACCUAUGUUUCUACGUCUGGUGUACCCCAAGGGUCAAAUCACGGACCUCUACUGUUUAAUAUUUUUAUUAAUGAUCUUGUAUCUUGUGUUAAACAUUCCACCAUGCUACAGUAUGCUGAUGACUUCAAAAUAAUGAAACGCAUAACCUCGCCUUCUGAUUGCUUACUGCUUCAGGAGGGUGUUUACAAUGUUAUUUCUUGGUGUACUUCUACUUUCCUCAAAAUCAACACGUCAAAAACUAAAGUUAUCUCAUUCACGCGCAAGUCUCAAGUAACCCGAUUUCAGUACUUUUCUGAUGGCGAAAUAGCCCGAGUCGACGGCAUUCGUGAUCUCGGUGUUGUCUUUGAUGCGAAGCUUCAAUUUCAUGAGCAUGUGAGAGCAAUUCGUUCUGCUGCUCUGCGCAUGCUUGGAUUGCUCACCUACAGCUGUAAAAUGUUUUCUUCUCACACGGUAUUUCUUACCCUCUACAAAGCUUGCGUUCUUCCCCGACUUGAAUAUGCGUCAGUGGUAUGGAAUGCUCUAUGUGCCACCGAUAUCAAACGUCUUGAAGCUGUGCAAAAGAAGGCACUUCAUAUUAUUCAUUCGCGUUUCUUGCGGAAUGUCCCCGCAUUUUUAUCGUAUGACUAUGACAAGCUUUCAAAUUACAUGGACUUGCUUCCUGUUGUUAACCGCCGCCACAUUCAUGACAUGAUGUUUCUUUAUAAAUGUGUGCACUCAAUAUUUGAUUCCCCUUUUCUGUUAGGCCGCCUAAUUUUUUGUCUCCCGCGUGCUACUCUGCGGAACCCCCCAACGCUCUAUGUCAACCACUGCUGUCCUAAUGACCCCAUUACACGAUGCCAAAUCUUGUUUAACUCGCUCCCUUCAUCUCUUGAUAUUUUUUCAGCAUCAUGUACAUCAUUCAGGUGUCAUAUCUCUUCUCAUUUUUCGGAGAUUUCUUUUCUUUGACUUUUUCAGAUAAUUUCCCUUUUGUUGCAGUGCGAUUGCAUGUGUUUCUCACAUUACAAUGUGCGUGUGCUCUUUUCUCGUUUUCAAUUCAAGUCAUGUAUUUUUUUUUCUUCAUGUACAGUCUCUUUUGUUUUUGUUUUUGUGUGUGUGACCGCGUUGAUCGUGUCUUGUUGUUAGUGCAUAUUGUAUUACUGUAUUUGUAUGUAUAUUGGGUCUAUUUGUAGUGCAUUGUAUUAUAGUUGUGUGCGCCAACAUUAGGGUCGUCACGUCCGUUCUUGAGCACCAAUAAAACAUUAUUAUUAUUAUUA